CGCGUGCGCGCAACCCGUCCGGGCCCUCUGGUCAACGCGCGUGCGGGCUGCGGUUCCUUUCCUUCCCUCCCCUUUUCUCUUCAGUGCGUCUCGGUUUUGCCACCAUUUUGUGCUGCAACUGCGGCUUUUCGCCGUUGUUUUUAUCCUGCUUUGCUCCGUGCGUGCGAGUAGAAACAACGGCCUCAUGGCGGAGAAUCAGUCAGCGGCCGGGCAGGGAGAAUCAGCGUCCCUGAGUGGGUCUGGCGUCUCCUGUUCGGAGUCUGAAAACCGGCGGCGACUGAGCGAGCUGCGCGUAAUAGACUUGCGGGCUGAACUCAAGCGCCGCAAUUUGGACAGCGGUGGAAACAAGAGCGUCCUCAUGGAGCGACUCAGGAAGGCUAUUGAGGAGGAAGGGGGGAAUCCUGAUGAAAUUCCCGUGGUUUCAGAAAAUAUCAUGAAGAAAACUCCAAAAAGAAGCAGCAAAGGACGUAGACCUGAUGAAGAGGGAGUAGAAGAUAAUGGCCUGGAAGAGGAUUCAGGAGAUGGACAGGAGGAUAUUGAAGCAAGUUUGGAUAACUUGCAGGAUAUUGACAUGAUGGAUAUUAGUGUGUUAGAUGAAGCUGAAAUAGAUAAUGGCAAUGUGGUAGAUUGCGGAGAGGAUUACAGUGCUGAUAAUAUUCUUGACUCACUGUCUGAUAGUAAAGAAAAUGCUGAUGCAGAAGUGAAAGAACUUCCAGAUCAGCCUACAGAAUAUGCUGUAGGUAACUUGGAGGCAUCCCCACAAUUUUCAGAAAUUAAAGAAGAAUCAAGAGAAAUACCAGUAGUGAUGGUAGAGGUUGAAGAUGUUGGAAACAGUUUAGAUGCUUCUUCAUCUGAUUUAAACGUAAUAAAGGAAUUUGAAGAGUUACCUUUGGAGCCAGAAAAUGAGAAAAUACUCGACAUUUUGGGGGAAACUUGUAAAUCUGAACUACUUAACGAAGAAACUUCCGAAGCGGAGCGGCCGCAUGCACAGGAAGCAAGUAACGUGGUGCCAGGCAAGAGGCUAGCAGAGGAAGAGGACGCUCUUGCUGCCGCUCAGUUGGAGGAAGAUGCUUUAGAUUUGGACAGCAAAUCGGCACAAGCUAUGGCAAGGAAGGAAGCAAAGCGUUUAGUGGUAGCGAAAGGGGAGACAAGUGAACAGACAAUAGAGGAAGAGAAACCGGACUCUGAAUCUUUAGUGGUAGAGACCCUAAGCGAUCAGAGUAGCAAACGCUCCCAAGGUGUGGAAGCCUCUAGUGGGGAUACAGCGGAAAAAGGCGCAGGUCCCGAAGCCAAAGAUAGCAAAGAAGAUGCCAAGAAAACAGAAGACAAAGCUAAUUCUGAGGAAUCCCCUGCUACUAAAGAGUCCUCAGCCAGUGAGGGCGGUGAUCAGAAAAAGAGCCCUGUUGAGGAGGACAGAGAUACAAAGAUAAAAGAUGAGAAAGGCCGUGCAGGUAGUGGUUCUGGCAGAAAUUUGUGGGUUAGUGGACUUUCAUCCUCUACUAGAGCUACAGACUUGAAGAAUCUUUUCAGCAAGUAUGGAAAGGUGGUCGGAGCAAAGGUAGUGACAAAUGCUCGCAGCCCUGGUGCUCGCUGUUAUGGCUUUGUUACGAUGUCAACAUCUGAAGAAGCCACUAAGUGUAUUAAUCAUCUCCACAGAACAGAGCUGCAUGGAAAAAUGAUUUCUGUGGAAAAGGCAAAAAAUGAACCAGCUGGGAAAAAGCCUUCAGACAAAAAGGAAGGUGAAACAAGGAAGGAAAAAGACAGGCACCAUUCUGCAGAGUCCAAAUCUGAGAAGUCUGUUGGUAUUAAGAAGGAGGAGAAGACUGACAAAAAAGAUGAUGCUAGGAAAUCAGAAAAAGAUGGAAAAGAUGAAAAAGAAGGAAAAGAGAAAGACGAACAAAAGGCUGGAUCCUCUGAUAGAUCUAGGGCAAGCAAAUCGGCCAGUCGAGGAACUGAAAGGACAGUGGUAAUGGAUAAAUCUAAAGGAGAACCAGUUAUUAGUGUGAAAACAUCUACAUCAAAAGAGAGGAGUACAAAAAGCCAGGAUCGCAAAUCUGAGAGCAAAGAAAAGCAAGAUAUUUUAUCAUUUGAUAAAAUCAAAGAACAGCGAGAACGUGAGCGUCAGAGACAGAGGGAGCGAGAAAUCAGGGAAACGGAAAGGCGCCGAGAGAGAGAGAGACGAGAACGAGAACAACGCCUUCAAGCUAUUCAUGAGCGGGAUGAAAGACAGAGGCUCCAGAGAGAGCGAGAACGACUUGAAUUUCAAAGGCAGCGUCUUGACAGAGAGCGCUUGGAGAGGGAGAGAUUGGAGAGAGAAAGAAUGCACAUAGAGCAGGAAAGGAGACGAGAACAGGAACGAAUCCAGCGAGAGAGGGAAGAACUGCGACGUCAGCAGGAACAGCUACGCUACGAACAAGAACGGCGAUCUGCCAUGAGAAGGCCUUAUGAUCCUGAUGGCAGGCGUGAUGACCCAUACUGGCCAGAGGCGAAGCGAAUGGCAAUGGAUGAUAGGUAUCAUUCUGAAUUUAGUCGUCAAGAUCGCUUCCAUGACUUUGACCACAGGGAUCGUGGCCGAUACCAAGAUCAUUGUUUGGACAGAAGAGACAGUUCAAGAGGAAUACCAGAUCGAGAUGGGCAGCAUUACCCAGAUGAACGCCACGGAGGGCCUGAUCGUCACUCCCGGGAUAGUUGGGGUGGCUAUGGGUCUGACAGAAGAAUGACUGAAGGGAGAGGGAUACCUCCACAAACCCGAUAGUUUCUUCAAGCGUUUGGAGAAGCAAGGAAUUCACACAUGUAGCUCCCCUGUGCAUCGAGAGAAUUGGAGCAUUGUAGUGAGUAAAGAAGUGCUGCUCAGUUAGCUCCACUCAUAACUGUGCUUCUCUUGUAAAUAACUUUCUUUUCUACAGACAAGAUUCAGUCCUGUACCGGAUGCUCCAGUAACUCCUACAGAAGUCUAAUUUGUGGCUAGUGGUCAGGUUCUAAGGAAAUAGAGUCAGAAUCUCUGCAAUGGUGGGGGUGGGGGACUGAGACUCAUCUGGAAUCGUAGCAAUUUCUCUUUAAACCAGGUAGUCAAGCUAGGCAUAUUCCAGAUGCAUAAUGUUCACUUCCACGUAAAUAUACCAGACAAGAAUGGCAGUCAAUUAAUUUUUCCAUGUUUAAGUGUUUUAGUACAUUGCAAUACUAAUUAUGUCUCUGUAGAUCAGAAAAAGACAAGCUUUGUUGUGUGAAGGACGCUGUUCAGGAAGCUUCUCGUGGUUUCUCUUUAACCAGUUUUUAUUGCAAUGAUUGGGUGGCUAUAGGUACAGCUUGAUUAACAAUUUAAUACACUUUUGUAGGGGUACGGUGUUUGGCUUUACCCUAUGCUGCUAAAUGGAUAAGGGACACACCUAGAAGAUGUUCUUUUAUUUUUUUAAGAGAUGGACGUGACUGGGGAGAUCAUGGUCGAAAGUUAGAGGGGCAUCAAGAUCGUUCAUGGCAGGGAAAUGUGGAUGGAGGAAUGAUGGGACGGGAUCAUGAGAGAUGGCAAGGUACACUUGCUGCUUACCAGUGUG